AUGCCUGAAAUCCCAUCCGCUGAACCUGCUCUGCCUAGUGAGAUUCUUCAUCUCCUCAGAAGUUCCAAAUUUCUCCAUCUUGCCACCUCUUAUAAUGAUAUCCCUAACGUUUCUCUCAUGAACUAUACCUUUAUCGAAGAUGAUGAAGACCCAAACAUCCCAGAACCAUGUAUCAUUGUAUCUACUGCUCAGUCUACUCAAACCUAUAAAAACAUUGCCCAAAACCCUAACGUUGCCAUUCUGAUCCACGACUGGACAACUGCUAAAAACUUCACUUCCCCUCAAGGUGCCCAUCUUUCCGCUCUUUCACAACUUGUUCUUCAACUUAACCAAGCUGAACUUUCAAACCACUCAGCUACCCUCAAUGGAACUGCUUCUAUAGUUUCAUCAUCAUCAUCUUCUUCUUCUUCUUCCACCUCUCAACAAGCUAAUGGUUUUGCAAACCUUGUCGAUAUUUUAAAGGAAAAACAUCUCAAAAAUAACCCAGAGGCUGAAUGCUUCAUUAAGCCAGAUAAUAUCGCAAUCAUUAAGAUUGUAGUCUCCAAGGCUAAAAUAUCAGACUCUACAAAUAAUAUCCAGGAGUUUAGUGAUCUCCAACCUAGAACUAGCAAUUAG